AUGCCUGAGCAAAUCACUCUUUACGGCCAUGGGUACUCGCCUUACUGUAUAAGCGCAUAUAUCGCAUUCGAUGAGGCGGGUGUGGAUUACACGCACCAUGUGAUCGAUGUCACCAACAAGCCGGCGUGGUUCAUCGAGUCCGUCAAUCCCGUAGGCAAGAUCCCCGCCAUCACCUACGGCGGCCCGUCCGUGCCCCCCGACCAGCCCUCGCCCGAGUCGCGCAAGAUCUCCGAGUCGCGCGUGAUCGCAGACUUCGUCGCGGACCUCAACCCCGCCGCGCACCUCGUCCCCGCCGACCUGCUCGCGCGCGUCGACAUGCGCCUCGCCAUCCUCGACUGGGUGCACCAUGGGCUCGGCGUGUGGAGCGGCGUGUUCUCCGGCCCCCGGCCCACGGAGGACCUCUUCGUCUGGCUCGAGGACCUGCAGCGGCGGCUGCCCCCGACCGGGUUCGUGGCGGGGACGUUCUCGCUCGCGGACAUCGUCAUGGUGCCGUUCUUGAAGCUGCCGGUGUGGUUUUGGGAGAACGGCCUUGCGAAGGGAGACGGCAAGAAGUACUUGGAAAUGCUUCAAGAGCCUAAGUUCGCGCGGCUGAGAAAAUACCUUGAGGACCUGGACGCGCGGCCGAGCGUGCAGAGGUCGUGGGAUGUGGAGGCUCUUCUUGAGAGGUGGCCGGAUAUUCUGAAGGGCAACUAA